AUGACUACUUUAGCUAGCUGGAGUGUUUUUGUUUGGGGGGGGGGGGGGGCAGAGUGUGUGGAGGAGGAGGUGAAGAGUAUUUUGUUGUUGUUCCAGUUGGAGGAGGAGGAUGUGGGCAGGGCCUCGCGUUUCGAGUUCGCACAGGGCCUCGCACCCCCCUGUCUGGACGGCCUGCCCAAAAUACCUCCAGGCUUCCACUACUGA